AUGACGGACCAGACGGCCCUAUUUAGGAAAUGUGUUCAUAUAGUGCAGCAGAGCAUCGGAAACAAUGCACUUGAGACUAAUGCGAAUCAGUGGACGAAUAACGAAGAAGGGGAGUAUUUGUUGAAGGACACAUUCAUAAAAGAGUCCCAAGAUCUAUUGAAAGUGAUAUUCGAGCUGCGAAAAGUACUUAAGUUGAUCGAACCGCAGUAUUUUAGCGAUACCGAUAUGUCGGAGAGUGAGAAAGAUGAGUUUGACACUGAAUUAAGAUUGCAGUUCCAUAGAUACGCUCAGAAAUUUCGGUUGCUGCAAAAUUAUGAGGAGGAGCGUCAGAAAUUGAUUACCCAGAAAUUUUUGUCGGGAGCAACAUCAAUGUCAAGCUUUUUCCAUUCAGCGCCCAAAAAUGAAAAGGUUGCGUUGUUUCAUCGAACCAAUAAUGAGUUUAGAUUAGGAGUGCUUCAGAUUCUAAGUAUGUGGUUGAAUACUGUAUCUAGCCAGUUCACGUCUAUGCAGCAAAAGAGGCUUUCAGCGCAGAAAAAGUUUGACAACCUAGAUUUUAAUUCGGGCUUGCACUCACCAUCAGAAAUGACGGAAGCCAAAAGUGUUUCAUCAAUUUCUCAGAGUCAUGUGUUGGAGAGUACUCAGGAAGAAGUGAAACGCUAUGAAGAAACGAUUUCGAUGCUUACUCAAGAGCAGUUGCAAUUACUGGAAAAUGAACACGAGGACCUUCUUAAUCAAAAAGACGAGCAGCUGAAGGCAGUUGGAAAGAUAAACAAAACUAUAGUGGAUAUAGUGUCUAUUCAAAACGAGAUAUCUGCUAAUUUGCAGGUGCAGUCACAAAAUAUAAAUAACAUUUUGGAUCAUCAAGAUGAUAUAGAGAUAAACAUCAAAGAGGGCAAUAAACAGUUGACUAGAGCGAAGAAAGCUGCUGGCAGGACUGCGAGAAUGACCACUUAUACCGCAAUUAUACUGGCAAUAGUGAUUCUUUUCUUGGAUUACGUAAGUUGA